AGCACGGCAUUCCCACUCGUGAUCUGAUGCGGAUGCAUGACCGAGAGCCUUCGGCUAGACGAGUCCAUUAAAACUAAUGUGGUCAACAUCCAAUAUCGAACACCUACAGAGCUAAUGAUUUCGGGGUUUAUUUACCGCUAAAAUAUCCAAAAACACUGUUUCUUCGAAUCAAUUUAACUCACUCAAAUUAAAGGUACCAAUCUCCGAUUAUUUCCCAAAGUCACUAGAACUAGUGUAGUUGGACGUCUGAACUUUUUUUUGGAUAAAAUUAAAGACAUGAUCUCGUAUUAAAACAUUAGGGAGGGAGAGAACAAAGAAGUCAUGUAGAUAUGAGUGUCCAAUCUUUUCAGUUAUCUGAAUUAGAGGAAAAAGCUCGUGCAAGUGCACUCAAAAGAGUUUCUGAUCAUUUUCAAAAGCCAGAACAACUGGAUAAGAUAGAUAUUAUUAAAUCUAGAUUUCUAAAUCAAAAGACUGCCACAGAAGCUCAGUUAAAAAUGGCUUUAUAUAGUCAGUUAGACGGCAGUAAAGUCGGCUUGGAAAAACUGGAUACUGCCCUCGCUGAGUCACAAACGUGUAGAAACAGACUCAUCCAACUGGGCUCUUCAUUGUCUGGUUUGUCCGGCUUAUCACAGCAGUUGCAUGAGUUAAAAAAUCUUUCAACUAAAUACAGUCAACUUGGUGCUGCUAUGGAAAAUAUGAGUUAUCUCGUGAAGGCACCUGAAACAUUUGAACAGGCUCGAACUUAUCUGGAAUCAGAAAAUCUCUUAGAAGGUCAUAAACUAAUGCAGGAUUUGGAAGGGAUUCGAGAUGAACUGAUGUUUGAAGUGUAUCGACAAAAGUCUAUGGAAGAUUUAGAUACAUUGCGCGCCUUUUUCCGUGAGCUUGAAAAUUUAAAUGAUAUGUUUAGACAUAAAAUAAUUGUUCUUGGGUCACGUUUAACUAGUGCAGUAAUUACUCACAAUCGCUUUGUUGUUAAUUGUGUACGUGUUAUUGAUCGUGAAGAAAGAACUGAUGCUAAUUGGCGGAAACGAUCAGAGAAACAUGGUUUUAUGCCAGAUGGACGACCAAAACAAUGGAAAAAAGUGUUAUUCGACAGUAUAUUUAGUGCUAUAAAAAAUAAGGUGUUUGGAAGCGCACUAGACAAUGAAAAUGAUAAAAAUAAAUUAGUUCGACACAAUGAAGCCAUUAGACAGCAUACGCUAGCAGAUUUGAAAAUAGCAAAAAAUAUAUGUCCAACAUAUUUUCCAGCAGAUUAUGCUAUAUUUGACCGAUUUGUUGAAAUGUAUCAUGAAGCUAUCGGAAUGCAUGUUGAAAGUUUAGUGCUUGAGGGUCUGUCUGAUACGGAGAUUGUACAACUACUUGGUUGGAUAAAUUCUUAUCAUACUGAAGAAUUCAUGAAAAAUCCUUUUAUGAAUAUUGACUUUAAUCGACUGAAUUUAAGACAUCCAAUUAAUUUGUUACCUGAUGAAAAAUUAAAUUCACUUCGAAGACAGUAUGUUUCAAAGACGAUUGAACGACUUAAAUCAUGGUUAGCAAAUUCACUCUUAAAGGAUACUUCUGAUUGGCAACGUUCAACCGGUCCUGAAUUAGAUGGGUCUUCUAAUUAUUUUACUGAUUUGCCUGUAUUAGUCAUGACACCUAUCAAUGAAAUGAUUGGUAAAGGUAAUUUAUUACAUUAUCUGGGAAACGCUGUAAGAGAACAAUUUUUUACUCAAUGUGUUGAAGAGAUGGCGCUUUUCGUGAAAGAUUACGAUGAUGAUAUUAAAAAGUACCGAGCAGCCUACAUACAAGACAGAUCGAAAUUCCCAUGCUAUAUAGAAUACAUUUUAGCCAAUGCAAAUGGUGCAUGUAUGAUUGCGCACAGUUUUGUCACAGUAAUUAUGGAUGAAUUGACUGAAGAUUCACAUCUUAAAGGGAACCUGACAGCUAGGAUUAGUCAUUUGAAAUCAGAAUAUGAAAAAGUAGCUGAACAAUGGAUAGCUUAUGCUGAAGAAACAGUAUUCAUGGAUUUAAAUCGCGUACUGAGCGUGAUUAUGACACCUCAAUGGCUACGCCCGGAUGAUAUGACAACACAAUAUCUGGUUGGUACAUUAGCCGAUUAUGACGAAACACUGAAGCAUACAAGACAAAAUUUAUAUGAUAAAUUAGCUGAAAAAUUGGCUGAACGAAUGUUAAUUGAAUACUUGAAAGCAUUAAUAAGCCGACGAAGUCCACUUUCUACAGAAGCUGAUAGAAAAAAAGCUGGUGAAAAAAUUACACGAGAUGGACAUGAUUUGAAAAAUUAUUUUGAAGAGAAAAUGAAAGUGAAAAGUGAAGUAAUUGUGGCCUACGACGCUCUAACAACUAUCGGUCAGUUGUUCCUUACAACUGAUACAUCAAUGUUACCCUUGGAUAUUGCUAAUUUGAAACGUCAAUUUCCUGAUGUUCGUUCUGAUCAAGUUUAUGCAUUGCUUGUGGCUCGUGGAGAUGUUUCAUCAGACAAUGCUAAAGGACUUUCGGCGGACUCUCAUUACGGGAGGGAAUUGUCACAAAAGCCAUCACCGUUCGCAAUUUUCACACGAUUAGUCGUUGCAAUGGACACGCAUUAGUGUUCACCUUUUGGCCGAAAAAGGGAUGCAAAAUUUAUCAAUUUCGCGACUGGUUUUUUCAAUCCUGAUUUUUUUAAUCUUUAUAAUAUAAUCACUGUGUUACUUUCCACAUUCUAUUUAUUUGUCUUAUGCUUCGGAUAAACCCCUAUAUUAAAUCACGUAUGUAAUACUAACAACGGUAAUCCUCAGCACUCCAACAUUUUUCUUUUAACCAUUUUUGUUUAACUGAACGGAAUGCUAAAAGUCACAUCUGCAGCUACAUCUAUUUAUCAUAUCACCAGGAGAUUUAAGUUAAUAAUAUGAAUAUUAAGUGCACCAAAUUUGCAGUGAUAAGUUAUUAGAUUGAUUUGACAUACACAUCCUUCAUACCAGCAAGGGGACGAGUUUAGAUGCAUAAGGGUACAGUAUGUGCCACAAAAACUGAGAUGUACGAGGUCAUGGUUUGGGCAUUGGAACGAAAGACUGGUGGUCGGAACAUCCAACUGAGUUUUGAGACUGGUUAUGAUAGCGAGCAGUUAAGAUUCCAUUAUAGUCAACGUUGAUAUGAAGGACCUAGAUUUUGUAUCUCGCAGCAUCACAAAACUCACGUCGUAAUUCGUGCAAAGUAAGGGCUCUGUAAAAUUCAUUUGAGAAGGAUCAGGAAUAGAAUCUUCAAGUGUUGUGAGUCAAAAUUCGUCGCAUCAAUAACCGGUCGUGGAAAAUAACUAGUUCUUUAAGCUUUCAACUUUAAAGCUGACCUCAUUAGUUCUGGGCACACCCUAACUGAAGGCAUCCGUUUCAGCAUACGCACUAGGUAACAAGUGGUUACACUAUGCUCACAUCCCUUACUACUACUAGCCAGCUUGAGCCAAACGCCUCUCAAUAUAUCGAUAGCUUUCAAAAUAUACCUUCAAACCUUUUCUAACAUCUUAUUCGACUGGCUUAGUAUCCUUCGAUAAUAAUGGUGUUUCGUGUAAGGACGUGAAACCCUUAGUAACCUCUGCACCAUCGUGUCGAGCCCCGAUAGACAACAAGCGUUUUACGACAGCACUUUUCAUCUAAGCUUCUCAAACAGCUGCAGAUGGUCCUGUCUCAUUCUGAAAUAACGUAGACGAACUGGAUACAUCUGUCGAUUUAAUUCGGGAGAUUACAACGAC